UUUCAUUUCUUAGAUGUACAUGUAUAUAGAUAUAUAUCAACACAUGUUACAUGUACAUUAGCAUAGCACAAAAUCUUUUAUAAAGCAACAUGUGUACAAAACAGAAUUUGUAAAAACAAAUUUUUGUUAGCUAUACAAAAUUACAUCAUUUGACGUAGGAUAGCAAGACAUUAACUAUUUUCUUCAGUUUAAUAAGUUUGAUAUUAGAAGGAAGUCCUGUAUAGUUAUAAAGAUUUCUAGGAUCUUCAGUGUGUUAUAGUGACUCACAUGAUUGUGAAAAGAGAAUUUAACAAUGGAGAAAUUAUUUUAUUGUAGCAAACUUGACAUGACAAUCGGGAAGAUUUGUUGUAUAGGAGCCGGCUAUGUCGGGGGACCGACAUGUGCAAUCAUUGCUCACAAUUGUCCCAGUAUCCAAGUGACAGUGGUGGACCUCAGUGAAGAGAGAAUAGCACAGUGGAAUUCAGACAGAUUACCCAUAUUUGAGCCUGGAUUGGAUGAUAUAGUGAAAGGAUGUCGAGGCAAAAACUUAUUCUUCAGUACAGAUGUGAAAAAAGAAAUAGUAGAGGCUGACCUUAUAUUUAUCUGUGUUAAUACACCAACUAAAAAUUAUGGUGUAGGGAAAGGAAGAGCAGCAGAUUUAAAGUAUAUAGAAUCAGCUGCUAGAAUGAUUGCCACUGUCUCUACCAAGUCUAAAAUUGUGGUGGAGAAAAGUACAGUACCAGUCAAAGCUGCAGAGAGUAUAGCAAAUAUACUGAAGGCAAAUGUGAAACCUGGGGUCAAAUAUCAGAUUUUGUCCAACCCCGAAUUCUUAGCUGAGGGUACAGCUGUGAAGGAUCUGUUACAACCAGACAGAGUUUUGAUUGGUGGAGACCAAACUCCUGAAGGUCACGAGGCCAUCCAGGCAUUAUGUUGGGUGUAUGGACAUUGGGUAUCUAAAGAUAGAAUUAUAACUAUGAACACAUGGUCUUCAGAACUGUCGAAACUGGCAGCCAAUGCAUUCUUAGCACAGAGAAUCUCCUCAAUAAAUGCCAUGUCAGCAAUUUGUGAAUCAACUGGAGCAGAUGUUACAGAAGUAGCACAUGCUGUAGGCAUGGAUACCAGAAUAGGCAAUAAAUUCCUUAAAGCUAGUGUGGGAUUUGGUGGCAGCUGUUUCCAGAAAGACGUACUGAACCUUGUUUACCUGUGUGAAUGUCUCAACUUACCUGAGGUGGCAGAAUACUGGCAACAGGUGAUUAACAUAAAUGACUACCAAAGAAGAAGAUUUGCCAAUAAGAUUAUAGAAUCUUUGUUUAAUACAGUCACCAACAAAAAUAUUGCAAUCUUUGGUUUUGCUUUCAAGAAGGACACUGGUGAUACAAGAGAAUCAGCUGCUAUUUAUAUAUGUAAAUAUUUAAUGGAUGAAGGAGCUAAAUUACAUAUCUACGAUCCUAAAGUGGAGGAAAAACAGUUAAUUACGGAACUAACACAUCCAGCUAUCUCUGACGACCCCAGCAGAGUCAAGGAACUGGUUACCAUACAUAAAGAUCCUUACGAGGCUGCCAAUAAUACACAUGCUCUCGUUGUCUGUACAGAAUGGGAUGAAUUCAUAAAUUACGAUUACGAGAAGAUUUAUGGCAGUAUGUUGAAGCCAGCUUUCUUAUUUGAUGGUAGAAUCAUACUUGAUCAUCAGAAGUUGAUGGGUUUAGGUUUUAAUGUGAUAACAAUCGGCAAAAGAUUACAGCGACCAAAUGUUCAUAGACCUUAUGCACAAGCUCCAGCACAAUAGUUGUUCAUGUCGGGUUGUUAUCUUGUUGUUUUAUAUUGAGAGGGAAUUUAUUUUGACAAUCAUGUUUCCAUUUUGAUAGAUCAAAAGCAUGAAUAAAUUUGUUACAUUCUGUGUAACCAUGGUAAUAGUUAGGUCUAUUUCUUGAUAAUAGGAGAAUGUAUCUGAAAGAAUUGAAUACCAUUCAAUUUCUUAUCAUUCUGUUUAGAUUUAUUUGAUUUAAACCACAGAGAUUUUUCAUGAAUCAAUCAGUUCAUAAACAAAUGUCUGACAAAUGAAAAUGAAUAACAAAUAUCCAAAAUGAAUGUAAAAUAUUUUUAUUGUUUUCAUGUUGAAAUCCUUAGAGUGUACAGCAUUUAUUUACUCAAUGAAUUUGACCUAAUUAACUGAGGAACAUUCUAAUUUAAUGAAAAGAAAAUAGUCAUACUGAUUAAUGUUACUGUAGAUUUGUUUGUAAUGAAUCAUAGAUAAACAUUUCCUAUUAAUUCUAAGAAUGUCGGAUAUGUAGUGCUUUGUGGCAUGCUUUAUCGAGAAAUAGAUUUAUAUUAUACCAGUAUUUUACAUUUUCAUAUUUAUAAAAAAAAAAACAUUACAUUGUAUGCUAGGUUUUAGUGUUGUGGGAAACUGUACUAGGAAGCUUUUAGUGUUGAGGAAGUGUCAAGGUAAAAGGCACUUAGUUCUAACAUACUUCAAACAUAAUCAUCACUUUAUAUCCCAUGUGUUAAAGGGAGAUAAUUUUAAGGAAUUGACAAAAGUUACUUUCCCUUUAUUUGUGAAUCUCUUGUUUUAGUGACAUUUUCUGUCUUGAUGUUUUGCAGUAAUGUCCUGAUAAAAAUAGAGAAGGUUGGCUGUGAUAGAGGUAGAUAAAAAAUGAACUUACUCAUAAUUUUUCAUUCAUAUUUGAAAUGUUGGGCAAUUUGAUAAUUAAUUGUUAGCUUUUUUAAUUUUUCAAGAAGUAGCAUAAUUUUGUGAUAUGAAUUAAUGGUAUAUGCUGAGAUAAUGUUUUCCCCUUAAGUAAUUAUUUAAAAAUGUUUGGAUAUAUAAGUAUUAGUGUUUUAAUUUUCAAUCCUUGAAAAAUGAAUUCUAACAAUGUGACAAGGAGGUAUAGUUUUAAAGAUUUUUAUGUUAUUUUAAUGUGUUCUUUCAUUCUCUUUAAUAGUUAGGUUUAUUUUGUUAAUAUUUUUUUUAAUUGCAUUUACAUCAUCAAACACAUGUAUUUAUGUCUAUAUUUACAAAUAUCCUAUUUCUAGAAAAAUGUGACUGAUCAAAUUAUAAAGAGGAUGAAACUUUUUACAAUCAAUGUAUAUAACUAUGAUACAAUAAAUUGAGUUCAAUUUGUUUAAUUAAUAGAAGUAUUUACACUUGUAUGAAAUUUAUCAAACAUUACGCAAAAUUACACAAGUUCUGGUAAAAUUUGACAUCACAAUUGAAAUAUAUUUAACAAUUAAAAACAAGUGUUUUUUAGAGCAGAUCUAAUGAAUUGUGAUUUUGUUAAGUGAUUAUUGUUUAUGACACUGCCAAAUGAUUAUAUUUCUAUGUUGUGUUGUCUUCUAACUAAAUCAUUAUGAAAUCCAGCUUAAUGUCUUCAAAUUUCUCACUUAUAAACAAUUUUCAUUUUGGAAAUUAUUUUGCAAUACUGGGACCAUUACUUUUGACAUUAUUUUAUACUUGAUAUUUAUAUCACUGAAGCAUAAUAAAGAAUUUCUGACAGUU